CAUAACACUGCAGCCAUCUUGCACAGCUCAUCGAGAGUGAAAUCUCUUAAAUUUGGUUGGAUAGCUUGUUGCAAACCACGUUAUUACUCUACCAAGGGUCGCACGGUACAACUCUGAAACGGAAUAGUUAUCGUGAUAGCAUAAACAGGCCGGCGACGACGUGACAUUUGACGAAAACGUUUCGUCUCCGGUACGAUGUUGUUCCGUCUCAUGCAUCCCCUGGAAUGACAGCUGUAGCCAUUGGUACCGCCUUUUAGAAUGUGGGACAGCCAAUCACAGCGCGCCGAACUCCCCGCACGGAGACGUUUAGUUGUUGUGCGCACGCGCAUGUCAGUUGGUAAGUACCUCACUUCUCACAAGCUCGCAGGAGUGUGAAGAUGGCGGUUGGCCCCGGCCCGCUGGAGGAGCCGACUUUACACACAGAGGUGAAUAAAGCGGUAGUUUGUCAUCCUGUACAGUUUGUUGAGUCACAGCUGUUGUUCUUGUGUCACAACAACCACUGGGGUAGGCACGAGGCAGCCGGUAAUUACAUGGCUAUAGUUCCGGGACAAGGGGGUAGCGCGAGCUAAUGUCCAGCUGGGACUUGGUCAAGACGAUUGCUGAAGCAGGUACGCUGUAACUACUAAUGUUGUUUUCCUCUUUGUCUCUCCGGGUGUACACGAAAAGCAAGCGCCGGAGCUGACAGAGAAAAACAGUACAUGUGUCAAGAGCCUUGCCCCAUCACAUUCAAGAUUGUUUGUGCUCCUUCUAAACAAGUUUACAGUGCAGGGGGUCUCCUCAUAACGAGGUCCCCAUGGUUCAACUAUGGAUACAUCGACGGCCAGCACGGACUCCACCACGGGACACGACCCCAGCAAAACACUUGUUGUUAGUGGCGCUGUAACUUCUCUCCCCAAUCACCAGGGGAAAGUAGGCUCGUACUCAGUGCAGACUUUCAAUGGGAGCCAAACUAUGAGCUCUCACAAUUCAGGAAGCAGCGCUGCCCCUCUUGGGGAGACGACAGCCACAAGUGGAGCUGGUAACGGCGGCAGCACUGCGAUAUCUGUCACAUCUGUCACAUCUGUCAACAGUGGACCAGCGAUGUCAAAACAGCUGGCCAGUGCGAUAAUGCCCCCGUCGUCCAACAGUGUAAUUCAGACGCCUCUCAUGAACUCACAGAGUGUUGUCGCUUCAGCUCAGCCUGUGAGCCAGGCAACGGGACCCACUGUGACACUCGUCCGGCCGCCUAUGCAAACCGCGGGGUCGGGCGCAACUUUGAAUGGGAACAAUGCGAGCCCAGUGGUGGCCGCCAAUACGACAGGUCAGACAGGUAUCGCCAUACAAACCCCGCUUGUAAACAAUAGCCAGCCGCCCAACUCGGUGUCUGUCAGUGCAGGGUCUCACAUAAUCAAGGCAGAGCCACCCACAACGAUAAUACAGUCGGCACCGCAGCUGGCGGUCACUUCCAGCGCUCCCCGGAUUCCGGUGACGGGAGCUGCUGGUCCAGGCGGUGUCCGAGCCCUGACGCCCCAGAUGUUGGCCCCAAGGCUCCCCCAGACCUCCCCAGGACAGCCCAGUAUACAUAACAUCCAGCUCCCCCCGGGGAUGGUGCUUGUACGCAGUGAGAGUGGACAGCUGCUGAUGAUUCCUCAGCAGGCUCUGGCCCAGAUGCAGGCACAGACACAGGGAGGCAUGGCACCUCGGACAGCUACACCAACAAACGUGUCUCCUGGCCAGACUCCUGGAAACACUAUCAUCAACAGACAAGUGGCUCCCAGCACUAUCAUCCGGCAGGGCUGUCCAGCUCCAACGUCACUCCCUUCGACCACCGCUCUUCACAGACCUCCUAUCCUUCAGGAGACAAUGGAGAAUGUGAAGAAAUGCAAGAACUUCCUGUCAACAUUGAUCAAGCUGGCGUCCACUGGGAAGCAAUCAACAGAGACUGCUGCCAGUGUGAGAGAGCUGGUCAAGGACCUGCUGGAGGGUAAACUGGAAGCUGAGGAAUUCACCAGCAGAUUAUACAAAGAGCUAAACUCCUCACCACAACCUUACCUUGUGCCUUUCCUCAAGAGAAGCCUCCCAGCCUUGAGGCAGCUCACCCCAGACUCAGCAGCCUUCAUCCAGCAGAGUCAGCUCCCCCAGUUGGCCUCAGCUCCAGUUUCCUCCACCUCUCCCACCCCCACCACGGUGGUCCUGGGCAGCCCAAGCCCCCGCCUCACUGCUCCAGUCAGCAGGCCCCAGCUCCAGCCUGGAGUUGGCAGACCAGGGCAGACCCCCACACUGGUACUCCAGCCUCAGCAGCAGAGAGCAAUUUUGAGACCUCAGGUAACCUUACCGACGACCCCCAUGGUGACGCUCAGGAAUCAGGCCCCUGGCAGCAUCAUACUGGGACAGCAACAGGUCCAGCUUAAAGAGCUGCAGCCAGUUCCUGUGAGGCCAGAGGUGCCGCCUGUUUCUAAACAAGUCUAUGCUGCAGCCUUGACCCCGGCUCAGAAGAACAAGCUGAAAGAGGCGGGUGGUACUUUCAAAGAUGAUGACGACAUCAAUGACGUGGCCUCCAUGGCUGGAGUGAACCUAUCAGAGGAAAGCGCUAAUAUCCUAGCAACCAAUUCUGGACUAGUGGGAGCUGUGACACAUUCCUGUAAGGAUGAGGCUUUUCUCUCCUGUGCCAUGCUACAGAGGAGAAUGCUGGAGAUUGGCAGGAGGUAUGGUGUGACAGACCUGGGUGCAGAGGUGGUGAACUAUGUCUCCCACGCUACUCAGCAGCGGCUCCAGAACCUGCUGGAAAAGGUUACCCAAGUGGCCCAGCAGAAAAACGUCAAUUUUAAGGAGGACGGCAACUUUGAACAGAGCAGUGAUGUUCGUGCUCAGCUCAAGUUCUUUGAGCAGCUGGACCAGUUAGAGAAACAACGCAAGGAGGAACUGGAGAGAGAGAUCCUCCUAAAGGCAGCUAAGUCUCGAGCUCGGCAAGAGGACCCAGAGCAGCUGCGUCUGAAACAGAAGGCAAAAGAGAUGCAGCAACAGGAGCUGGCUCAGAUGAGACAGAGGGAGGCCAACCUGACGGCUCUGGCAGCCAUCGGUCCCAGGAAGAAGAGGAAGAUUCUGGACUCUCCAUCUUCCUCUGCUGUAGCUGAGGGAUCAGGAUCAGGUCCCUCUCUGUCUGGUGGGGCUGGGUCUUCUGGCUCCAGACCCACACGGCAGCGCAUCACACGUGUCAAUCUCAGGGACCUGCUCUUCUGUUUGGAGAACGAGAGAUUUUCCAGUCACUCCCAUUUCCUCUACAAGGGCUUUCUCAAAUAGGCUUGAUGUCAGAGAGAAGAGGAGGAGGAGAGGGGAAAGGGGAAAGGGGGGAAUUGAAGUGUGUGGAGAGACCAAACCACUCCCACCACAGAGAGAGCAUAAGAGACUUAUAAAUGAAGAGGAGGAGAGCAGAGACUUGGCACAUUUCAAGGUCUUUCAGAUAUACAUGAACCUGAAAUACAGUAGUAGCCAUAUUGGAUGGCCUCUCUACCUCUCUCCUCAAAUAAUGUCUAUUUUCUUUCAGAGCAGGCAUGGACUAAUGCCCCUUUAUUUACCAUUUACAACUUCUUUUUUAAGAAAGUGCAAAAAUAGAUUACAUGUUUUAUUAUUUUUGUACAAACAAAUGACUAAUUUGUACUAGUAUGCAUUGUCACACAGUACAGUUUAUUUUCUGAUUAUUUGUGUGUGCAUUAGGCUUUAAAGCAAAGGAAAUCAACAAAUUUGUUUUAAUAGAACACCAACUAAUUUUAUUGAAUAAUGAUUUUAGUUUGAACUCCAGACUGUGUAACCUACUGAGUUGCCUUCCUAACUAUGAAUAAGCCAUAUAGCCAUCCCGAAGCAAUUAACCUUUCUGUAAUUAAUGAAGCAGUAGCUCGCUGUGUAUCUGUCAUCUCCUUUACUUUAUUUGAUUUUGUUUUUCAGCAUAUUUAUUUACUAAACUCAAGCUUAAAUUAAUGUUUAGUUAUUUAUUUAAUUUCAUGUGACACCUCAGUUGUUUUCACAUAGCUUUGAUUCAAAACAAAAUGUGCAUUUACUUGCAUAGGAUAUGUUGAAAAUCUGUUUUGACAUUUUGUUUGAUGUAUAGUUUUCAGUGUGUGAAGAGAGGCGUGUUCUUUUUGUGUGUUUUUUUAAUCUGUUAAACUGUUCUUUUUAAAAUUAGUUUGACAUGUAUUGAUUUCUUAAACAGUUUUCAGAUGGCUUUUAGCCAGUAUUGCUAUACCAAACACACAUCUACUGGAAACUGAUUUCUAUUUUUAUAGCUGCCCACCAACACACAUUUUUACUCUUUUAAUGGUGACUGGCCGUGUCCUCCAGCUCAAGCAACUGGAGUUUCUUCCUGUAUAUUUGUAAAUGUUACACCUAAGGUUUUACACACAGUUUUGUAUAGAAUGGAGAAUUUACCCAUACAGCAUAAAGAAAAACAAAAUUUCUCUAUUGAAAAGUUUGAAUAAAUAAUGAUUUUACAGUAA